AUGGACGGCUCACCCUCCACUAUCGCGAAGUUCCUCAUCCUCAAAUCGCCUUUCAUCUUGAAAACAGCGCUGUUUCACUCCCUAUGGCUGUCAUCAACGUCCACCAAAUGGGAUCUCCGUACCGAGCUUACCAUUAAGAUCAUACGAGAGGUGCUCAAUGGGGAGCCAUGGUCAAUAUCAAAGCAACAAAAGGGGACGCUGAAGGACCCGGGGGUAAAAGGGAGGAUGUGGAUAAGCCGGGUCACAAUGCCCGCGCCAACGGAAGACGACUUGCGCCAGGCUCUCUUCAAGGCUAUCGAUGAUAUGAAGGAGGGCGACGAGACAUAUACGCGACCAACUCUCGAGCCCGUAGAGGCAGAAUGGACCGGCUACCGCGCCAACGUCGCCAAGGACGCGCCCGAGCCCUCGAUAUCCGAAGAAGAAAAGUAUCAGAAUAUCAUGAAGGAGGUGACAAGCGACGUAACCAUCCUCUGCUUCCACGGCGGCGCCUACUAUCUCAUGGACCCCGCCUCGCACCGACAAGCCACAUCCAAAUACGCCCAUCUAACCGGCGGCCGCGCCUACUCCGUCCGCUACCGCCUCGCGCCGCAGAACCCCUUCCCCGCCGCGCUGCUCGACGCGCUGGUCUCCUACCUCUCCCUCCUCUACCCACCCCCCGGCGCGCUCCACUCGCCCGUCAAGCCCUCGCACAUCGUCUUCGCCGGCGACAGCGCAGGCGCGCAUCUCUCUGCCUCCCUGCUGCAACUCCUGCUCCAGUUCCACCGCUCCUCACCCAACCGCACCCCGACCGUCACGUUCCACGGCCGCGAAGUCGAGCUCCCGCUUCCCGCAGGCCUCGCCCUCAACUCACCCUGGCUCGACAUCACGCGCGCCCUGCCCAGCAUAGAGAACAACGCACAGUAUGACUACCUACCCCCGCCCUCCCAAUCCGCCGACGUCAAGUUCCCGCCCUGCCCGCUCUGGCCGACCGACCCGCCGCGCGCGGAACUCUACUGCGACGGCAGCGCGAUGUGCCACCCGCUCGUGUCACCAUUGGCCGCGAAAAGCUGGGAAGGCAGUCCGCCAAUCUUCAUGGUGUGCGGCGAGGAGAUGCUAGCGGAUGAGGGGAAGGUGUUUGCGCAGCGGGCGGCGCGGCAGGGGGUCACGGUUGUGUGGGAGCAGUAUGAGGCGAUGCCGCACUGUUUUGCGCUGAUGUUGGAGGGGUUGCAGGGCGGGAGGAUGUGUGUGGCGAGUUAUUGCAAGUUUAUUGGGGAUGUGGUCAGGGAGCCGGGGGAUGUGAAGACGGAGGGGUGGUUUGUUACGGCGAAGAAAUUGGACAGAAAGCCUGUGGAUGUGGCUAAGUUAAUUGAGCUAACGGACGAAGAGGUUGCGAGGCUGAUGAAUGAGGUUAAAAAGAGGAAGAUUAUGGGAUUGGAGGGCGAGGCGAAGGCACAGCCACGGUUGUAG